GUGUAGACCGCGCGCAUGCGCACCCAUCUCCGUCGGCUCUGAGGCGAUGCUGACGGGCGGCGGGAAGAGGGAGGCGGCGUUGUCGUCCGCGAUGGCGGCGGCCUGGAGAGCAAUUCGGUGAGAGGGCGGCGAGCGGCGGCGGAAAAGGAAGAGGAUGGGGGAGCCUCGGCGGGGGCCGCCGCGCAGCAGGAUCCACGCCUGUAUCGGCGGGCGGGCCUGGGCGGCCGCGCCAUGACCGGCGAGAAGAAGAAGAAGAAGCGGCUCAACCGCAGCGUCCUCCUGGCCAAGAAGACCGUCAUCCGCGAUGGCGCCGGCCGACAAGGGAUUGGGGAGCCCAGUGUGUACCAUGCUGUGGUGGUGAUUUUCCUGGAGUUCUUUGCCUGGGGGCUGCUCACCACCCCAAUGUUAACAGUCUUACACCAGACUUUCCCUCAACAUACCUUCUUAAUGAAUGGUCUUAUCCACGGAGUCAAGGGUCUUCUCUCUUUCCUAAGCGCCCCGUUAAUUGGAGCCCUGUCUGAUGUCUGGGGUAGAAAAUCGUUCCUGCUCCUCACAGUCUUUUUCACCUGUGCACCAAUCCCUCUCAUGAAGAUCAGUCCAUGGUGGUAUUUUGCCGUCAUCUCAAUGUCUGGAGUGUUUGCUGUCACCUUCUCUGUGAUUUUUGCCUAUGUUGCUGACAUCACGCAAGAACAUGAACGCAGUACGGCUUAUGGCUUGGUAUCGGCCACGUUUGCUGCCAGCUUGGUGACGAGCCCUGCCAUCGGCGCCUACCUGUCCCGUGACUAUAGCGACACCCUCGUUGUGGUGCUAGCUUCAGGGGUCGCUUUGUUGGACAUUGGCUUUAUCCUGUUGGCCGUGCCGGAGUCCCUGCCAGAGGAGAUGCGCCCUGUGUCCUGGGGGGCGCCCAUCUCUUGGGAGCAAGCAGACCCCUUUGCUUCCCUCCGCAAAGUGGGCCAGGAUUCCACCGUACUCCUGAUUUGCAUCACAGUCUUCCUCUCCUACCUUCCUGAAGCUGGCCAGUACUCCAGCUUUUUCCUCUACCUGCGCCAGGUCAUCAGUUUUUCCUCAGAGACUGUGGCAGCCUUUAUUGGUGUAGUUGGAAUUCUUUCCAUACUGGCUCAGACUGUUGUGCUUGGGAUUCUGAUGCGGUCAAUAGGGAACAAAAACACCAUCCUCCUGGGCUUAGGCUUUCAAAUUCUGCAGCUUGCCUGGUAUGGCUUUGGAUCACAGCCUUGGAUGAUGUGGGCAGCUGGGGCCGUGGCUGCCAUGUCAAGCAUCACUUUUCCUGCCAUUAGUGCCAUGGUGUCAAGGAACGCUGAUCCUGACCAGCAAGGUGUGGUUCAAGGGAUGAUCACCGGGAUCCGUGGCUUGUGCAACGGGCUGGGCCCUGCCCUCUACGGCUUCGUCUUCUACCUUUUCCAUGUGGAGCUGAACGAAAUGGCCAGUGUGGAGCCCCUGGGCAAAGCCUCAAAGGCCAACAUGGCCAACCCAACUGAUGAGAGGGGCAUCAUUCCAGGCCCCCCUUUUCUCUUUGGAGCAUGCUCCGUUCUGCUGUCCCUCCUGGUGGCCCUGUUCAUUCCAGAGCACAGCCUUGCCCUGAGGUCGGGCAGCCACAAGAGACACAGCAAUGGGGCCCAGGCCCACAUUCAUGGCCCCCCAGGUGUGGGCUCAGACAGCAAGGAGCCUCUGCUGGAGGACAGCAGCGUAUGAAGGAAGCAGAGGCCACCCUGGAGCUCCAAACGCUCUCCAAGGACAGACCACGUGGCACGGAUCAACGGUGGAGGGGACGACAAGGUGACAGGAACGCCGGGGGUCGCAGUUCAGUGGGACGGAGGUUGGGAAAGCCGUCCCUCCUGGAGCCAAAUACAUUCAUCUGUGGCAGAAGGGAGAGGAAGCCUGUACCGUUGGGUGCCUCGAGAAGGAAAGAUGUCUUUCAGUUUCCCGAAUGGAAGAUGCUAAAAUGCUCUUAAACGCAGACAGGAUCAGGGAGGAGGAUCAACUUGCCAAAAACCCCUCUCCUUUUCCAGUUGGGAGGAAGAAGGGGUGGUUCUCAUUUCUGCUUUCUGUAAUAAACCAAGACCAAGCUGAGGUGUGUAUCGCCUACAGGACAUUUUUUUUAGAACAAAAAACGUUGCUAAUAGCAGUCCUCUGAUACGUGUUGGUCUAUAACGAGGCAGCAAGGUUUGUGCCACUGAAGACGGCAAAGGCAUCGCUGUAUUAGUGUAUUGCAGCAAAAUUAAAAGUCCAGGGGCACCUUCAAGACAACCGGCCUUUAUUUCUGUAUGUGACUCAAGAAAGCUGGUAGAGAAAUAAAGGCCAGUAGUCUUGGUUGUUCCGUUUGGUUGUUCUGUUAAGGCCUCCUGUUAGCCAGGAGGGGCCGGGGCUGUAGGAUGCUUCUGUAGCCUGAAAUGGGGUAAGACCUGAGUUCAGCUGGGGAAGUCUCUGGAGAGAGUUCCAGUCUCUUCGCUAAGUUGAUCAUCAUUUGUCUGCUCUCUCGUGUUGCCCCAGGACCUUGAUGGAUGAUCACCUUGAGGCCUAUGAGGGUGUGCAGGAUCCAACCAGGUAGAGCUGCACGUCCAUUCUCAACAGCUAAAUUCUCCCCCUCCCCCCGGUUUGAAGAGGUCCAUCUGCCCAUCCUAAGAGGCUGGAUUUCAUCCGGUCCAGCCUGUGUGAGCACUUCAGACCAAAAAAAAAGACAGACCUCUUUGCACACAAGUUUUGGCAGUUCCACAAGCUGACAGCUGUCCCAUGGAGUUGGCUGCAUGGUCCCUCUUCCUUGGGUUACACCCUCUAGAUGUGAAGAAGCGAUAGGAUGGAGAGAGAGCCUGAGUUCUUUCCUUGAGCCAAAGAAACAGUUUAUGGGUAUGAAGUGCCCCCUUCCUUCCAGCCUCUAUCUUGACGCGUUGCUUCUGCUGGUGCUUGAGAACUGACACUCCUGAAGAGCCCUGGAGUUCUAAGGAAGCCUGUAGGGAGCACUCAGUGGCAAGGGAGGGCCAGGGUGCCUGCAGAGCUUAUUCAUGGGAUUACUUUUUCCUCUAUGACUACCUGGCACAGAGUCCAUUCCAGCGCAUGCACACCUCGGUUGGGGUUGUGAGGAGGCUUAGCUAGGUCUCCGGUGCCCAGAUGAAGUAUCACUGCUGAGGCACAGAAACCCUGCAAUAGGCAGGAUGAGAUGGAAGGGGGGGUAAGGCUACCCCGCCCAGAAGGGGUAUCGCUUUAUUGUUGGUUUCUUAGGUAGAGAUGUGAAUUUUCUGGAAGCUCUGAAGCAAGGCAGAGAAAAAUCCCCCUCCCCCGUUUUUCUUUUUGAACUUUAGGGAAGAAUUAAAUGUAUGCAAUGUUUAUCAAAAAAUAAGCUUAGUUUUACUAUUUUCCGCAACAUAAAACACAUCAUUUAUAACUUAAUGUACAAAAUUGUGCCAUUUGGCAUAUUUAUUAAACUGAGAAUUGUAAAUGCCUUAGAUUUUGGUGGGCAAAACUGGAAAAAGGCACUGUAUUAGAGAGAGAGCCGCAAUCUGCUGUGCUGUGUGUUACCUACUCUCUUCUCGCCUGUUAGUUUUCAAGGACACCUGAGGGAGGCAGAUAGCAAGAAAGGGCCCGGUCUGCUUGCUUUGUGAAGAUGACCGCAUCCUCGAGGGGUAGAAAUGCCCCCUGGAUCCUGGGCAUUGUUCCUGUCUGGAGUCCAUACAGAAAUUUUCAUUCCCUAAUGCUAAAGGUCCUGCACUAUACAUUUUUAAUGACCAAAACCUUAUUUUUAAAACUUUCCUCACUAAUCCCAAAAGAGAAUACUUCAUAGGAGUUGUUUUUGUUGCUCCCUCAAAUGAGAAGUUUUCUGUUGGAAAACUGAAAGUCCAUUGCAUGGAGGACAGGGAAACAAUAGUAAGCCUUCCCGCUGCCCCAGCCUUCACCUCCUUAUUCUUAGAGUGACGUCGCAUGUUAUAAGCCAGCGGUUCCCUGCUUCUGUUCUGGACACAGGCAGUGAAUUUGACUAAUGGCUCCCGUUUGUGUAGAGCUUCUACUCGCAGAGUCUGCCUGCUGUGCCGUGGCAUGCGUCUUUGCUCCGGCUCUGCCUCUUUCCUUUGCUUUGUGUCCGCAUAAGUUAGCGCUCCAGAUGUGCCUCAUAAUCAGGCAUCAUACCCAGGACUGAGGGGGAAUAAUCCUUCCUUCUGCACAUUCAGACUAUUGGGUGCAAGAGGGAAGGUUGCCUCCAGCUCUAACGUGGGGGGGUUGGGGUGGGGUAUGCUUCAGGCUUUGGAGAACGGCCCAAAGAGGAACUAUACAUGAGUUGUUGAGGACUUGCUGUAUCCAGGCCCCUCCCACUCCCCUUACUCCCUUGGUUAGGAUGUUUGAAAACCUCUGGUGAGAAAUCACGUUCCUGAAUUUGCUUCAAGUUCUUUUCCUGUUCAUGCAUGAGGGAUAGAAACUUAGUGCCAAGAGACAGAGUUUCAGGGAUUGGCACAAGAUGAAGUGAAUUGUGCUGUAAGCAAAAUGGGUUUUCUUAAGCUGCAGGGGGCAUGUAUAGAAGAAUAUCAGUGUCUAGAGGGAACAUUGAUCCCCAUCCCAUCUUCUCACUGUCUAAAUUGGACUUGGUUGUCGCUUACCCCUGUCCUGGCUGACCGAGAUAUUCUGCUAGAAACUGCAGCCAGAAGAAGAGCUUGUUGGUUCAGACUGAUGAGAACCCCACCCUCCUUUUUCUCGUGCCCUUGUGAUUCCUGGCCCAAAAGUUUCCCUGCUUACAGAUCUCUGCUUGUCCCUGUGCCUUGUGUCCCAAGGGACUGUGGCUCUGAAGCAGUGGACAUACUUUGUAUGCAGAAGGGUCUGAGUUCAAGCCCCAGUAGCUCCAGUUCGCAAGAACCUUGAAUAAUGUGUACCUCUUCUUUUGCUGACGAUCCUGGACAAUUGGGGCUCCAGUCAGAUUAGACAAUAUUGAGCUCCUUCUUUUUCAGUUUUUGCCAACCAAACUGAUCUUUAACUUUUCCGGUGGAAGAGUGAGUUGUUCUCAACAUUCCUUCACUUGCAUCUGAACGAUUAGGAGAAGGAAAACAGGGUAUAGAACAAAGGGAGGGCAGGUGGAAGAAAACUGCAAGUUCUGGGCGGAGAGAAAAGCAUUUCAUUGUAUUUAAGCCCAGUGUGGACAAGUACCGAAAAGCAAAUUAUUUUCCGGUGGAUGUCUCUUCUCAUUCCCAUCUUCUCUGCCUCUUUCAAUGGGUAGGGGUGGGACUUCUUUAUGUUGCAUUCUCCCCCAUCUCUGAUCCUAAGUGCUUGUGCCAGAUUGACAGGCCCAAAGCUACCAGAGCCCAAUGAAGAAGCGUGCUGUUCUGAAGGGCCUGGAGGCUGCCCAUAGGAAUUGCUCUGCCGGUUUAGCCAGCUUUUGUGUCUCGGGAUGGGUGCGGACUGCUCUUUGCCAACAUCAAACGCCCCGAGUUCUCAUCUUUCCUGGCACUGGAAUGGCUUUCUGUGCCAUCUUGCCUUUAGCAUCACAUCUGGCCUUCCAGCCACCCCCUGGGUUGGGGUCCCUGUCCCAGAUACAUUUCCUAGGAUUGUGGUGGGGUCUGUCUUCUUUCAAGGCUGCUGAGUCAGCAAGGAGUGCGCAGCAUGGGCAUUGCGGGCAGAAUUUGGAGCCCCUGGAUGAUAGCUGAGAAAUGAAGAGAUUCCCCCCCCCCUCCCCCAAUACAGCCGCUGUGACGGACCUAGGGUUCUACAUGCGCUCCAGUUCGCUGGAACACUGGUUUCUCCUGGCUCCCACCUUGAAUGAACACUCUCUGGCAUAUUUGGUGAUAUAUGAGCACAACCGUACCACCGGGGAGGGGGGGGGCGGGCAGUGAGGCUUCCACAACAGCGCCAAAAUCACCUGCUGGCCAGGCGGUAAUGUGUCUCCCCCUUCUUGCACCACCAUCUAAUCAUUUUAACAAGGUUUGCCAAGCCAGAAACCUGUUCCCUUGCCUUGAUCUUUUUUUUUCCCCUUUCACUUUUUAGAUUACUACUUUUCAACUGAAUAAGACAAUCUUGUGGGGGUGUGGGGAGAGGGCUGGCAAGACCCAACAGCCCCUCUGGGACAAAUCCAUGCUUUGGAAAUUCAGGGCGGGGCCUCCUCCACUCGAUUGUUGAUUUCUGAGUGUAAACUUCUUCGUUUCUGAUGACAUGUGGUUGUUGGGUUGUUUUUGUUUUUUAAAGAAAACUUUUAUUUUGAAUUUAGAGUUGGCUAAUAUUUUGUGGGCUAUUUAUUAAACUCUUUGCAGUUACGGUAAAA